GCUCCGUCUGGGAGCUGCUGUCCGUCUCAGUCGGUCCGCGGUGCGGGAGGAAUGGCAGGCUGGGGAGUCUUCUUCUUGGGUCUUCUCAAUUACAAGACUGGGAAAAUAGUCAUCGCCGAAAACAGGAAAAUCGGGAUAUUAUUCAGACUCUAUCAGCUGGCCGUGCUGGGAUACAUAAUCGGGUGGGUGUUUGUGGUAAGAAAAGGUUACCAGGAGAGAGAAGAGGCCAUCCAGACCUCGGUCAUCACCAAACUUAAAGGUGUUGCACUGACCAACAGCUCUGAGACCGGGCUUCACCUGUGGAGUGCUGAGGAUUACGUCAUACCCCCGAAUGGCGAGCAGGUGUUCUUCAUAGUAACAAAUUUCAUAGAGACACCCAAUCAGAGGCUGGGGUUCUGUGCAGAGAGUUUCAAGGUACCAAAUGGACGAUGUCAAAGUGAUGAUGACUGCGUUGAGGGCGAGGCUGUAAUAGCCGGACAUGGAAUAAAGACAGGGUUGUGCAUAAACAGCACUGGGACCUGUCAGAUCCACGCCUGGUGUCCUGUUGAACACAGCAAGAGACCCACAGAGCCCUUACUAAGCGAAGCGGAAAACUUCACCAUCUACAUCAAGAAUUUCAUCAGGUUCCCGAAGUUUGAAUUCUCCAAGUCCAAUGUCCUUGAAACCCCUGACGACAGCUACCUGAAAAGAUGCUCCUACGACAAAGAGGAACACCUGUACUGCCCCAUCUUCCGCCUCGGAGAUCUGGUCAGCUGGACUGGGAAUGAUUUCCAGGAAAUGGCUGUUCAGGGUGGUUCUGUUGGAAUUCUCAUUGAGUGGGACUGCGACCUGGAUAAGGCCUAUUCACGGUGUAAUCCAGAGUACAGCUUUACCCGCCUGGAUAGGGGUUUAAACAACUCGGUCACAUCAGGAUAUAACUUCAGAUAUGCCAGGUAUUUCAAGGAUGAAAAUGGCACCUUUCGCACUUUGUAUAAAGUGUAUGGGAUCCGCUUCGAUAUAAUGAUCAAUGGCCAGGCUGGAAAAUUCAAUAUUGUUCCCACGAUAAUUGCCAUUGGUUCGGGCAUUGCCCUGCUGGGUGCAGGGGCCUUUGCAUGUGACGUGAUACUACUGUACAUGAUGAACACAAGCUCCUUCUACCGAGACAAGAAGUUUGAAAUCAUCAACUUAAAGAAAGAGCAGAACAAACACAAGGAAGGGAAGACAGGACACCGGGAAAGGAGACAUAAGAAGCCAGCUGCGGACAAAGAGGCUGGAAACUCCACCAAUAAGCCGGAGGAGACGGAAGCCCUCGCAGAGAGUCAGCUGCCUGUGGACCAACGGGGUCCAACAGUUCCACGCAAUGCAGGACAGCGAUAUUCUGGCAACCUCUCUAACCAAGGCACAGGGCCGCGGCAUCAUAUCACCUUCUCUGCGCAAAAUUAAGUCAGAGUAAGACCAAUCCCCUGCAGCGGUCUGUGAGAGGCGUAACCAAAGAGUCGGACUGAUGCCCACUUCCCACCUGGCUGGACUGUCACUAGCCUGAGUGAUGCUUGUCCUGACUUUGUUGGUCCAAAGAAAUGUUACUGUGGGCAAAUGGGCCAGGAAGCUGAUGUAGAAAUACACAGAGAGAUGGUUUUCAUCUUUGAAGCUGGGUCAGGGUCCAAAGCUGGAGUGUGGGAGAUUACAACAGGUCCAUAAAUGAUGAUAUGCCAGAGUUCUGUGGUUAUGCUGAUAAUAUUAACUGAGGGACUUUAAAUGAAUCAUCUAUGACCUAAAAGGAAUUGCCAAAUAUUUGCCUAUUACUGCAUAGCAAAUGGAAGUUAUUAAUUGCAUCUUUGUUUCAGGUCAUGAAUCCAUUACUUAAAAGCUCUUUUUGACAGAUGAUCAAGCAUCAUUUCCAGUUUGUUCUUUUUGAUUCGCCAUUAAUAGACUUGCCAAUAACAAUCACCGCGAAAAAAACUACCGUCAUUCGUGAUUCAUGAACCUCAAAUGUAGCAUAGGAUUACGUUAAAUGCCGAUUAGAUUAAAAAAAACGUUUAAUGAUUUGUGCUAAAUCAAUUUGCAAAAUACCUUUAAAUUAUUUUUUAAGCACAGAGAAAAUGCACUAGAAAGCAAAUUCUAAGAAAAUGUGUGAAUAUUCUUAAUUUGUGUUAUUUCAGUUGGAUGCAACAUGUGCUGUCGUUGGAAUUCGAGUGGUGCACUUCAUGUUGUAUGUUGACGUCAAUAUUGGCCAUGCCGUAGCUACAACACAAUCAUUAUUUUUGUUAUUAAUGAUAG